AUGAAGACUGCUUUAAUACUGCUCAGCAUCUUGGGAAUGGCUUGCGCAUUCUCGAUGAAAAACUUGCAUCGAAGAAUUAAAUUAGAAGAUUCUGAAGAAAAUGGGGUCUUUAAGUACAGGCCACGAUAUUAUCUUUACAAACAUGCCUUCUUUUAUCCUCCACUGAAACGAUUUCCAAUUCAGGGAAGUAGUGACUCUUCUGAAGAAAAUGGAGAUGGUGAUAGUUCCGAUGAGGAGGAAGAAGGAGAGGAGACUUCAAAUGAGGAAGAAAACAAUGAAGAUUCUAAUGGAAAUGAAGAUGAGGAAUCUGAGGCAGAGAAUAGCACCCUCUCUACUGGGACACCUGGCUACGGGCAAGAGACCACACCUGGAACAGACAGUGUGGGGUUAGCUGCAAUCCAGCUUCCCAAGAAGGCUGGAGACACAGGGAGCAAGGCGACCAAAGUGAAGGAAAGUGAGGAAGAAGAGGAGGAGGAAGAGGAAGAAAAUGAAGAAAAUGAGGCAGAAGUAGAUGAAAAUGAACAAGGCAUAAAUGGCACCAGCACCAACAGCACAGAGGUGGACAACGGCCAUGGUAGCAGUGGUGGGGACAAUGGAGAAGAAGGUGAAGAGAGGAGUGUCACUGCAGUCACUGCCCAAGGAACCACAGCCACUGGUGCUGCCUUUCAGAGAACAACGAGUGGAAACGAUGGGUUAGUGCCCACAACUCCCCCACAGGAGGCCUAUGCGGCCACCUCCCCACCCCUCGGGAAAAGCACCACGGCUGAGUAUGAGGGCGAGUAUGAACAAAUAGGUAACACUGAGUAUGACAACGGGUAUGAAGUCUAUGAUGGUGAGCAUGGGGAGGCUCGUGGGGACAAUUACCGACCCUACGAGGAUGAGUACAGCUACUACAAAGGGCAUAGCUACGGGGGCUAUGAAGGUCAAGAUUACUACUACCAUCAGUGA